CCAUUUCCUUUUUCUCACAUGACGACGUAAUUUGUGCUCGGAGUACGUACAGGAAGACCAAGAGUUUGUGGUUGUUUAAUUUGCGCCAAAUUAAAAAUGGAAUACCAACCAAUUGCGAGUUCCAGCGGUCCGCAGGCAAAUUACGGGUUUACAAACCAGGGUUACGUCCCAACAGCGGAGGGGAGACCAGCAAUGUUCGCCCCACCCACGGCUGAGUCCCACCAACCGAGUGCUCCUCCGGCCAGCAUGUUUGACAGCAUGCCUGGCUAUGAAGGAACCCUGGCUGGGGGAGGAGGUGGAUUUCUUCCCCCACCACAGCCUGUUUCGCCAGUGCCACAGCCUGAUCGCAGCCCUGAGCAGCCACAUUGGAACAUUCCAUCCAUAAGCGAAAACACUGCCCGUGAAGCCUUUGUGCUGUAUGCCUCAAGCAAGUGCUGUUACAGUAAAGCCCCAGCAAAAGAUGGAGUGAUCACCAACAUGGAGGCAUUUAAUACGUACAGGUAUCGCUUGGAAACCUUUACCGAAUCAAGAUCUACAGAAUGGAGUCACGAACCAUAUCACGGCCAGCCAGUGGAUGCCUAUGCCCAACCACCACCAGGACCCUGGGAUAUUCCAGCUAAAGCCCCAGUUUUUUUCCAAGAUGACAAACAGGUUAUGAAGGUUCCCUACACUUCAACUGUAAAGAGCUGUCAUGAUUGUGUGGGAAUGGGGCGAAAACCUUGCAAAGAUUGUGCUGGAGCUGGAAAUAAAGUUUGUUGGGUGUGCAAUGGAUCUGGUUACCGCCACGGGGAUGAUCGAUGCCAUCACUGCAGUGGUAGAGGAAGAGAGAAUUGCAGCUUUUGUCAUGGGCAAGGAUCGACGCAGUGUGGCACAUGUCAUGGAAAACAGCAGCUUCUGGUCUACAUCAACCUCACAAUAAAAUGGACCAGUAACGCAGAUGACUAUGUUGUGGAACAGUCAAGUGGACUUAAGUUGGACAACCUCAGCAAGGUGUCUGGAAAGGAGCUAUUCAGAGACUCUCAGUACAUGGUAUAUCCACUGAUGGGCUUCCCAGACCCUACAGUGGUGCAAGCUGCUGAGCGUCUUGUCAGUGAACACCAGGGCAAAUACUCGCGACUGUCACGCAUUCUGCAACAGCGGCAGACCAUAGAGCUGAUCCCUGUCACGAAGGUGAACUACACAUGGAAAGGGAAAUCUUAUGUUUACUUUGUGUAUGGGAAUGAGUUCAAAGUUAAUGCAGACGACUACCCCGCUACCUGCUGCUGCACUAUAAUGUAAUGCUGUGUUCCAAUCAAAAAACAAGAAAUUAGACUUUUCUACUUGAAACGUAUGAACUUCAUCAAAGCAUUUGUGUGCAUAAAAAACAAAUUCAUACGAGAAAC